AAAAAGCAUAGAAUUUUGUAGGAAUCAUGAAAAAGAUUGUAAAUUCAGCAUUUGUAUGUUAAUAUGCGCCAGCACAGUGAUUGAUGGAAUUAUUGAUGCAUUAGCAUUGAUUAUCUUUCAGUAAGAAAUCCAUAACACUAAAAAGCUGGAUGGCAUAGAGUAUGUAGAUUCACUAUUUCAGUUUAAAUAGGACAACGUAGUGUUGGGUUCACUAUUCAGCUAGUGCAUUAUAAUACUCGUUUUGUACGAACGUUUUUCUGUUUCUCUCCCAGUAAGUAGAGUGCAACAUUGCAUUUUAGUAAGCAGAAAUUGUGAUGAAAUCAAACACACGAGUGAAAGAGGAAGUUCAGCUUAUUUGUUUUCAUGCCCAUUGCUGUGUUACGACAAUAUAAACAAAAACACUUCUUUUCUUAGGAAAUGGUAAGAAGGUGCAAGGUACUUUUCCAUUCUUAAAAAACUACUCUUAUCAGUAUAUUUUGGGGCUCUUAGCUUUUGCACUUUCGUCACUUAAAGAUGAAGAACAAAUAAUGUAAGUGAUAUGCCAAUAAUGACAGCAGCAUGUAAAAAAUCUGAGGACUUUAUCAUUGCACAAACUUUCCCGCACGAUCAACCGCUGUAUAAAUGUAACAUUCUGUGGUUUUUUUGUAAGUUAAACGACUUAACAGUGAUACAAACCAUGACGCCAGGUACUUGUAACAAUUUUCCGCACUUUGAGUUUGACUGUUUAUAUCCGGUCAUGAAUUAAAGGCAACUGCUCUCUUCUAGUAUUUGGAGGUUCUUUGCAUCAAGAGGGAAGUAAACAAUCCUGUUCAUUGUGCUACUUGACCAGGUGGAUGUUCUUGCAAAAGACUGAGACGUCAUGUGGAUGAUGGCCACGUCGACUCUGUCUCACGUUUACAGUUGCGGUGUCGCUAUCAAACUCUUUCCUAGAGCAAGAUGGGUAUUCCAUUUCAUGUGACAGAUCAGAUUUCUCGGGAAUAUAAAGAGAUAAAGCUCUUUAUCUUCAAAGUUUUUCGAUUUUUGUUGGAAGUGCAUCAUCAGAAGAAAGCAUGCAGCGUGGCGCAGCUCCUGCUCCAGCUGUGGUAAUGCAAGCUUCCACCUGCAUUCUACAAUUAAUCAAGAGAUUGAACAGCUGUGCCAAAUAGAGCAUUUCGUGGCCUAUGAUCUUGACGAUUUGUAGAAAAGACAAGUUGGGCGAGCAAAAAGAAUACCAGCUUGUUUCUGAGUGAGACCGGUGCCUAAAAACGGUCUAUUUUUCGAGAAGUGUAAGCAUUGAUCUUUCAAACUGGCGAAAUGCUUCACGACUGCAUUUUAGGGGUGACGUUCCGUGGAAAAAAAAUCUUCAAAAGUCGUCGCUUAAUGAAUGGAAAUUUGAAAAGAAAGUGCACAAUCAUAAAAUGGGCUUUAAUUUGAUGUGCAUGUCGAACAUCUGAGAAAGUUGUGAGUAUUUUCCCGUUUUUUUGAAGUUCAGGUAUUAAUCACUGUUUGCUAUGGCAGUUUAUCAUACUGGCUUGCAACCGGAAAAUAAUGUUGUACAACGCCCUCAGUUUUUGCAAGGUUUGCGGCAACGUGUGGUGGCGCUCCGUUUUAUUUACACUGGGCGGUGGUUCUGCGAAUCGUACGAGUGCGCUCCGUACAUGCAGUCGUAUGCUCAAUACUGGCCAUCACUAAUUAAUAUAUCAGCAACUAGUUCUGCUUAAGUUCCAGGUCCGACUGGUGUUGCUAUAUUUUUGAAGAUAGAACUCCAAGAUCAUCACAUUGCAAUCUACUUUGGUACUAUGGCAACCCAGGUCUCAGAUGUCAAUAUGGCUAAAAAUGCUGCCAAAGCAAGUAAUGCGUUUGCAUCAGGUUUGUUCCGUAUGUUAGCUGGAAAAGGAAGUUCCCAGAACAUCUUCUUUUCUCCAAUGAGCAUCUCUACUGCACUUGCUAUGACCUUCUUGGGGGCACAGGGUGAGACGGCAAGCCAGAUGAAGCAAACACUGCACUUCCACUUGCUAGAAGAAUCCCUUCUUCAUCAGUCAUUUGCUGACUUGAGUGCUCUUAUUUAUCGUGCUAAUGCUCCCUACACCCUAAGGGCUGCAAACAGACUGUUUGGUCAUAAAGGUUUGGCUAUAGUGCCAGCGUUUGCUGAGGGCAGCAAGAAGCACUAUGGAGCAAACAUUGAGACACUUGAUUUCAUUGGUGAUGCCGAAGGUUCUCGUCAGCUCAUCAACUCCUGGGUGGAGAAACAAACUGAAAAUCGAAUAAAAGACUUACUGGCUGCAGGAUCUAUUGAUGCCCUGACUCGCCUUGUGCUUGUCAAUGCUAUCUAUUUCAAAGGAGAUUGGGUUUCCAAGUUCGAAGCAUCUGAUACAUUUCCUGAAAAGUUUCACAUUUCGGCAAAUGAGGAUAUCAGUGUUCCCAUGAUGCACAAGGAUGGAAAGUUCAACUAUGCCCGUGAUGAUUCCGUAAGGAGUUCUAUCCUGGAACUUCCUUACAUCAAGAAGGAAGUAAGCAUGUUUAUUGUGCUUCCCGAUCAGGUGAAUGGACUUGCUGAUGUUCAGAAGAAAUUGUCUCAGGAGAAAAUUGAGGAAUGGGUCACAGAAGCUCGCCGCAUGCGUGAUAGUCCUACUGUUAUUGUGUCACUUCCAAAAUUCUCUUUGGAGCAGAACUUUGUUCUUAAUGAUGUCUUGAGAGAGAUGGGCAUGGUUGAUCCAUUUGAUGUUGGCAAGGCUGACUUCUCAGGGAUGACAGGAGAUAAAGAUCUCUUCAUCUCUCAAGUUAUCCACAAGGCCUUCUUGGAUGUGAAUGAGAAAGGCAGUGAGGCGGCUGCAGCUACUGCUGUGGUAAUGAAACUCCGCUGUGCUGUACCAAUGAUGAAGCCUCUUCAUUUCAAAGCAGACCAUCCUUUCUUCAUUUUCAUUUAUGACAAUAAAUCUCAAGCGGUUUUGUUUAUGGGGCAGUUAUGCAGACCAAUAGUGUAACCAUUCAGUGAAUGAGACACAUAUUGAAAUAGGAUGCGUGUUUGGUAUAUGGAUUCUGGUUCCUUGAAUUGAAAUGAGACAGUUCGGAAAAUGAUUUAAUUUGAAACUGACCACAUAAUGUAACAGCCUGUCGUGUUUUCUGAAAAAAGUUUAUGACGUUAAAUUUUACUUAGAUAUUGCAACCUAAGGUUGUGUUAAGAAUGUAGGUAAUUUAGAUGAUUUAAAGUUUGAUAACAGACUGAAAGCUUCAGAUUUGUGUUUCUUUAAUUAUCUAUAUUUGUUCAAGUUAUGUUUGAAGAACACUGUGAAUUGAAAUAGAAAUUUAGAUUGCCAAUGAAUUGAAUGCAGCUUGAAAAUAUCAGGCAUUCAAACAGAGAACACCAUUUUUAUCAAACAUUUUUCACUUUGUACCCAUUUUAAUCAAAGACCAAGAAUCACAUUUGAAUUAGUUCAUUACCAAUGCUCAAAGAAAAAAAGGGUUUCAAAACUUAUCUGGAAUACAUUGUAACAUGUAAAUAGAAAAAAAAUUGUCUACUUCAAAUGAAAGGAAAAGUUUAAAUCAGUAAUGUACGCACUUGAGAUAAAAAUUAUGUUGUGUGUACAGGUUAUUAGAGAACACAAAAUGAUCCUGAAACUAAUUGUGUGGUUAAUUUAAAGUAUUGAGUAAUAUUGCUGUGUUACAAUGAUCUGAAAUAGUUUUAGUGUUUUCUGUUUGUAGAUAUAAAGUAUAAUGCACUUAACUUUAAUGUUACACUUUGAAUGUGGAAAUUAUUAACUGUAAAUUCACCGUUUGUGUGUGUGUUAUGCGUGAGCACAAUGAUUGAUGCAAUUAUUGAUGCUCGGGCAUUGAUUAACUUUCAGUUAGAAAUCCGUAACACCAAACACAGGUGUGAGAUUUCUCACCUUUUUAGCUGAUUUCAGCUUUUUUGUUUUGGAUUUCAGCUUUUUUGUUUUGGAUUUCAGCUUUUUUCCUCACUGGCCGUGUACAAAAGCACAGGAGAUUUUCACAGUUCAGCUUCUUUAGGCCACUUUUCAGCUGUUCUCAGCUAUUUUUAUCAUUGGUCCGUCUCACCCCUGUAAACAGCUGGAAAGCAUGUAGUAUUUAGAUUUAUUAUUUCAAUUAAAAUAGGACAACGUAGUGUUUUGUUAAACAAUUAGCUAGUGCAUUGUAUUCUCUUUACAUGCAAGUUUCAAUGUCUCUCUCAUAAUAAGUAAAGUAUAACAUUGCAUUUUAGUAAACAGAAAUUCUAGGAUGAAAUCAAGUAAACGUUUGACAAUGAUAGCUCA